GAACUCCGCUCUGGCUAGAGAACAACACAAAGGUGUUCUUUUACCAUGGAAGCUAUGGCCAAGUUUGACUUUGAAGCUACAGCAGAGGAUGACCUGAGCUUCAAAAAAGGAGACUGCUUGAAGAUUCUGCAGACUUCUGGGAACUGGUACAAAGCAGAAUGCAGUGGAAAUAUGGGUUAUGUGCCCAAAAACUUCAUCAGCAUUGACCUCCCCAGCUGGUACCAGGAAAACGCCAGUCGCAGUGACGCCCAGGAGAUACUGAUAUCACAGCCUGUGGGGGCCUUUCUCAUACGAAGCAGCCGAAAUCCAGCUCCUGGUGACUUCUCCAUCUCUGUCAGACAUCCAGCAGAUGUUCAGCACUUCAAGGUGAUGCGAGACAGCAGCGGGCAUUACUACCUGUGGUCAAAAAGGUUUCCCUCUCUCAACCAGCUGGUGGAAUAUUAUAAAAGAAACUCCAUUUCCAAACAGGAUCAAAUAUUCCUGCAGGAGACAAAAAAAGAGCAAAGAGGAGGCUCAGAUAAGCAUCUAUCUGCUCCUCUUCCCAGCUGUCCACCCUCUGACCGUGCACCUUCUCCUGUUCCACGACAGCGCAAAGUCUCCCCCACAAUGCAGGUCAGAGCCCUUUACAAUUUCAGGGCGGAAGAGACGGAUGAGCUGGAUUUCAGUGCGGGGGAUAUCAUCAGCGUUCUGGAGUUCUCUGACCAGGCCUGGUGGAGAGGUCAACUAAGGGGCAAAACAGGCCUUUUCCCCUCCAACUACACUGAACCCAUUUAA